GAUGUGAUUCUUGUGCCUACACAAGUCCUUGGGAGCUCUAAGAUUUCCUCCUGAAUGUUGCUAUGCUGAUUUGCUUAUGUGUAGCAUGCUGCAAAACAUUGUGUCUGAUGUGCUUUUCUUACACGGAUGCUGCGGGGGAGCCAACAAAGUAUAACUUUAAUAAAGUAAGUUAAUUCUGGAAUAAGGUAGGGUUUUGAGAAAUACAUACAUAACUCGUUAUUUUACUUAUGUCGUUAUUAUUCGCUAAAAUCAGUCGGUUUCUGGAAACCCACCCCAAACUGGUAAAUGAACGGCGAAUUACUUAAAUUUAGCAGUGAGACGUAAUGGUUAUAUAUUAUUAAUCAUAAUCGUGGUGUACAUCUGUCAAAUUAUUUUUGUUGGCAUAUAUACUUUUAAGUUUCGCGGACACAGGAAACCGUUCGACUGUAUAAAGAGACCAGGUGCUGACGUUCUCAUAUAAUUUAAGUUUCGUUUCCUCACUCCGCGGAGGUUGCUGUAAUAAACGGUACUUAAGUGCGUACUUCCGUCAUUAUCUGUGCGAGUUGUCUUGAGUACUGCAGGUCAUCAAGUAUGGGAACGAAAUUUAAGAGAUCUCGUGAAGGCGGACUACGUUUCAUUGACUACCUUUUGACGACCGGGGAAAAAUGGGAAAAUAAAAAACAACUUAAAGAAAUCUACAACAAGGACUUUAGAAACAGGGAUGGAGUCAGUUAUCCGAAUUUCUCAAGUGUUCUUUAUGUUCUGGUGAGGUCCGGCAAAGCUACUGUGCGUGGAGAAUGGGUGCAGUUGGUCUUCCCGAACCAAAGGAGGAGCCCCUACAGGCAGAAUCAGCCCAGCAGCGUGCCUGGAGCACAUGAGGUCUCUCAAGCAGCAUCCAGUGCUGAAGUGGCUCCUGCUUUGCUGGAUCUGGACCAGAGAAGCGGGCAGUACAUCUCUGAUGAUAAGAGCAUUAAGAUCACUUCAGAGCCCGAGAUUGUGGACGGCAAGAUUCAGCACACUUUCCACGCUCUCCAAAAGGUGUACAUUGUCAAGCUGUUUAUUCAGAACACAAGCACAGGCUUGGUGCAACUCACCAACACCAGCAUUUCACAAUGGACACAUUAUUACAAGCUUACAGAUGGGUCUAAGGUGACUGAUGCUCAUCCUCUGCAGCUUCAUCCAGAACACACCCAAGAAGUCAAGGUCGAAUUUCAGUCUGACCACUAUGGUGUCGUUCCAGCCACUUUGGACUUUGAGUUCCAGAGGGGUCCCCUUGGAAGCGAAAAGCCUUUUCGGAUUACUUGCUCGUUAGAGGCCAAUUUCCAGGGUCAUCUGGCAGCAGGCCUGGGACCCAUUGCACCCUACAAACCAGCGCAGCCCCCUAAACAAAGCGAUGUGGUGCCAAUGGCGGAAGAAGGGGUGAAACCAGACAGUUCGGCUGAGAAUAAUUUGCAAACUGUUGUGCAAUUAUACGCCUAUCAGUGCCCCGAGUACCUGUCAGACCUGAUUAAGUUCCUGAAAAGGGGACAAUUCAUUUCAAGAGGGUCAAAUAAAUUUCAGACCAGCAAGUCUAUUCUGCAGAGUCGCCUCGACUUCCAGAACUACUCACAGCGCUUCAAGCUUCUGCUCCACCUGGAGGAGUAUCAGAUGAAUAAAGACAUCAUGAAGUACAGCAUGGAAAAUGUAACCAUGACCCAGGAUAGAAACAAAAAUUAUCUGCUUGUUCUUGAUGUCCCGGGUUUGGCUGAAAACAGACCCUCUCUUCUGAGGGGGGAUUGCAUUUUGGCAUCCAAAGCAGAAAACAGGGAGCCUCUCAUUAAGUACAAGGGUUAUGUGCAUUGGGUGGAACUUAAUAAAGUUCUCCUGGGAUUCUCUGAGAAGCUGCUGCGGAGCUUCAUCAGCAACAUGAGGUUCAACGUGGAGUUUACCAUCAGCCGGCUGCUGCUGCGCCUGCAGCACCGUGCAGUGCAACUAGCAGAGCAGACCAACUUGGGAGAGGUGCUCUUCCCCACAGGACGAGAUUCAAAGAAUGUGCCCCUCCUUCCCCUACGUUUAUUUGACGAAAAGUUAGGGAAAAAUGAGGAACAGCGUUCUGCAAUCAGGCACAUUGUGUCUGGGUCGUCCCGGCCAGCACCCUACAUCGUGUUCGGCCCUCCUGGAACCGGCAAGACGGUUACCUUAGUUGAAGCCAUCAAACAGGUGGCGAAAAACAAGUCUGCACACAUUCUCGCCUGCGCCCCCAGCAAUAGUGCUGCAGACCUGCUCUGUGAGCGCCUACUGGGGGACCACCUGGAACGGCGCAAUGUGUACCGUCUGUAUGCCAGCUCCGUGGACCCAAAAAACAUUCCGAACAAACUGCAGGAAUGCUGUAACUUUGAAAAUGAUGGAUUUGUGUUCCCUUCAAAGAAGACACUUAUGACCUACAGUGUCCUGGUCACCACACUAUACACUGCUGGACGAUUUGUGACCGGAGGCUUUCCCAUGAACCACUUCACCUACAUUUUUGUGGAUGAGGCUGGUCAGGCCACAGAGCCAGAGACCAUCAUUAGCAUAGCAGGACUCCUUCAGGCAGAGACUGGGCAGGUGGUCCUGGCAGGGGACCCCAAGCAGCUGGGUCCCAUUAUAAGGUCCACACUGGCCAAAGAGUAUGGAUUAGACCUGUCUCUACUGGAGAGACUGAUGUCAAGGAAUCAACUAUACAUGAAGAAUUCUGAAAGCCGGUUUGAUGAACGCUAUGUCACUAAGUUGGUGAAGAACUACAGGUCCCAUCCAGCCAUACUCAAGAUCCCAAAUGAGCUCUUUUAUGAUGGUGAGCUGCAGGUGCAUGCCGACCCGAUUCUACGCAAUUCAUAUUGCAACUGGGAGCACCUUCUCAGAAGGGAUUUUCCUGUCAUAUUUGAGGGAGUAACAGGGAAAGAACAAAGAGAGCAAAACAGUCCGUCUUUCUUCAAUGUGACUGAGGUUGAAAUCAUUGUGCAAUACCUGAAGAAGCUAUUUCAGACUCAAGCCAAAAAGGGUUUGCAAACCCUGUCACCAAAGGACAUUGGCAUCAUUGCACCAUAUAGGAAACAAGUCCAGAAAAUCAGAAAGGCCAUCACAGUGACUGAUAGAGAGCUGAGCAGACUGAAGGACAUCGAAGAUCUUAAGGUCGGCGCAGUGGAGGAGUUCCAAGGCCAGGAGCGCAAGGUGAUCAUGAUAUCCACUGUGCGCAGUGACACCAACCACAUCAAGAUGGAUCAUGAAUUCCAAAUUGGUUUCCUUAGUAAUGAGAAGAGGUUCAAUGUGGCUGUAACCAGGGCCAAGGCUCUCUUGAUUGUGGUGGGCAAUCCUAUCGUUCUCAACAAGGAACCCAACUGGAAACGAUUCAUCCAGUACUGCACUGAAGAACAAGGGUACACUGGGGUUAAAUACUGGGAGUCAGAGGGUGAAGCCUUAAUUAUUGGAGCAGACGUGAGAGAUGAUGAAACAGAGGAGAGUGCCAUCCAGCGGUACGAGGACCCACCGUUUAGGAGGGAGGAGUGAACCAGCAGAUAUCAUUCAUUGGCUUACAGAAUAUUGUCCAAGAUAUUGAAGGGAUACUAAUAAUUCGAUUGCUGCUAUAGUUUUCAUAGAAUAUUUGCCAUCAAUAUUUACCCAUUAGCCAGGAUAUCUGCAAAUUCUUCUUUUUCAUCAGAGUCUUGUGGGUGUAUUGACCUACAAAUCUGAAUGCAGCCCAGAGCUCAGUAUGCUGUUAUGGAUCAUAUACUAUAUGUUGUGGUAGGUUUUCAGAUGCAUUUUACAUAGGGGAGACUGGAGACAAUAUUUGAAUGGAGUCAAGUGUUCAAAGGAAUACAUCUAUCUUCAUAACUAGUACAAUUUUAUUUUUAAAGUAAGUUUUUUUUUCCCAUUUUGUCAUUUUUCUGCGUUUCAUAAAAACUAGAAAAUAUGUUGUCAGAACCGCUACAAUGCAUUGCUUGGUCACCCCCUCACCCUGUCCCUCCAAUCCCUGCUCUUCACCCCCUCACCCUGUCCAAUCCCUGCUCCUCAACCAAUUACCACCAUAUUAUUAAAAAGUACAGCUUAUAAUACACAUAAUAUUUGCCAAGUGGGGGGCUGCGAAAGAAAAUAUAUAUAUAUAAACUUUAUUUUAGAAUAUUCUGAAAAUUUGCCCCAUUGGCGAUGCAAUUACAAUUCUGGGGCCAUUUGUCUCAGGUCUAUUAGGGGUAGAUUUUCAUCCAUAUGUUGUUUUUGUGAAGUGUUAAUAAGAACCAUCAAAGAUCAAAUGGAGUAAUAAUAGCAGAAUUAUCCUGUUCACAAGGAUUCAGUUCAUGAGCCAUACAACACCUCUGCGAAGUUGGAAACCAUGAAAUACUUUGAGUUACGGUCAUGUCAGGAUCAAGUGUCUGAAACUGCCCUUUUUGCUAUAACUAUGUGCCAUUAAUUUAAUUUUGCAAUGAUCAGUCUCAAAAUUUAAUCAGUUCCAGUUUGCCACUCAACACAAUGCUUCUACAAAGUUUGAAAAAUCUCUCUCACAUACUUUGAGUUUUUGUCUUAAUGAUAGUGUCUGCAGUGGCACAGUUCCAAAACUAUAUGUAUUCCCCGAGGAAAUAAAAUGAAAAUUCAGCAGUUGUCCCUGGUAUCCCCCAAGUCAUUCCCAAUUUCACUCUGCUGGUAUUAGGCGUAUAGAUUAUUCUGAGAGUAUUACACAGUAUUCUGAGCAUAAAAUGGCUUACUGAGUUCAUACAAGUAUAAUUAAAGUUCUAUUUCUAUUGCA